GAAAUCUCAAAGAUUAGUUUAUUAAUUAGACAGUGUACCUAUGACUUUGCUUAAAAUAAACGACCAACUUGUUUCUGUGCUUUGUCAUCGAGUUAAAUGACACACAUGUUUUGUCGGUAUAAGUGUGUUGUGCUGUGCUGGCCUUAUAACUAAACUAGACACUACGUAUAUAGUAGUAGCCUCUCACCUAUCUCACCCGUUUUGUUAGUUAAAUGUUUUUCUUUUACGCCAUAAGCCGUAACAUACCAAGAAAGAUGUAUGGGCUACGUUUGUUUUUCAAACUCUAUUGGGCUUUGCUUGUAUUUCAAACUAUAUUGGGCUUAGUUACAUAAUUCUUAUAGGGCUUUAUUAGUGAAAACCCACCCACUUGCAUUUAUGAUUCACUUUAGCUUCAUGUGACUAUGUGAGCCGUUAAUUAGCCUCUAACCGCCGAAGAUGAUGGUCAACUCCAACUAGUCAAUCGGAAUUCCAAAUCUCUAGACGGAGAUUCUGAUGCCGGAAUGCCAUCAGCUUCCGAGGUAAUUUUCUCUUUGCCUGUUUGUUGACAUAGACACACGCACGCUUAUAGGAAACGAAAUUGCGAUCCAUCCUCGAAUGCUACAUCCAUCGCUCUUCUCUGUUUUAUCGAUCAAAUCGGAACUAACUGAUAGGAUAGUUAGGCUGAUAUGGGAGUCAAAUCGGUGAGGUUCUCUAUCUGGUUCCUUUUCGUUGUUACGGAUCUCGUGUUUUGUCGCACGCUCUCAGGGGAUCCAGAUCCAUGUGAUGCAACGAACCAGAGAGAAUUUCAAAAACUCAGAUCGGAUCAGAUCACCGUUCUAAUCAAUGGUUACUCAGAAUACCGGAUUCCUCUUCUGCAAACCAUCGUGGCCUCUUAUUCUUCAUCCUCGAUCGUAUCCUCCAUCUUAGUCCUAUGGGGUAACCCUAGCACACCUGAUCAACUACUUGACCAGUUGUAUCAGAAUCUGACUCAGUAUUCGCCUGGUUCUGCUUCCAUCUCUCUAAUUCAGCAAUCUUCGAGCAGCCUCAACGCUAGAUUCCUCCCUCGUUCCUCUGUAGACACUCGUGCUGUUUUGAUAUGUGAUGAUGACGUCGAGAUUGACCAGAGAUCGUUGGAGUUUGCGUUUUCAGUGUGGAAGUCGAAUCCUGAUCGCCUUGUAGGAACGUUUGUGAGGUCACACGGUUUCGAUUUGCAGGGGAAAGAGUGGAUAUACACUGUUCAUCCAGAUAAAUACUCGAUUGUGUUGACCAAGUUCAUGAUGAUGAAACAGGAUUAUCUGUUUGAGUAUAGCUGCAAGGGAGGUGUGGAGAUGGAGGAGAUGAGGAUGAUUGUGGACCAAAUGCGUAACUGCGAGGAUAUACUGAUGAAUUUUGUAGCUGCAGAUAGGUUAAGGGCAGGGCCAAUCAUGGUUGGAGCUGAGAGAGUUAGGGAUUGGGGAGAUGCGCGUAACGAAGAAGUAGAAGAGAGAGUAAGAGACGUGGGAUUGAGCAGUAGAAGAGUGGAACAUAGGAAGAGAAGAGGGAAUUGCAUUAGGGAGUUUCAUAGAGUUAUGGGGAAGAUGCCAUUGAUGUAUAGUUAUGGUAAAGUUGUCAACUCUGUUGGGGAACAAGGAUUGUGUCGUAAAGCCGGCAAACUUGUCUUUUGUGAUCGAGAUUGACCGUUUUUUUUUUGUGUGUGUGUCAAAAUAUCGACACUAAUAGGAUGUGUAAGCUCAUCAUCGUGUAAUAGAAAUUGGCAACUAGCAGCAAGUUAACAACAUGGAAACCAAGUUUUGAACCAAGCAGUAAAAAGUGUAAAUUUGAGUUUCGCUAAAAGAAGAAGCUGGGCUUCGAGAAUAUUGUCCGUUUGUAUUGUAAAUGGGCCUUACAAACUAUACAGGCCGCAUUAACAAAAUGGAAUUUCAAAU